AUGUCUGACGCGAAGCCAGAAACCAGUAGCACGGAGGCGCUGGAGACACAGGCGCCCUCCCCCACCCCUGUCUUCGGGUCAUCUUCCACAUUCGGGACGGGGACCGGCUUUGGUGGAUUCACGGGAGUGAAGGCGGGGGAGGCGACCACCGGUGAUCAGGAGGGUGACGACGGCGAGGAGGCCGGCGAGGAGGACUGCUCUGCCGAGUUCAAGCCCAUCGUGCAGCUAGAUGAGGUGGAGGUCAGCACAGGAGAGGAGGACGAGACCGCUCUCUUCGACGCCAAGUCCAAGCUGUACCGCUUCGAUGCCGACGCCAACGAGUGGAAGGAGCGGGGUAUUGGCCAGGCUCGCGUGCUGCAGCACAAAGCCAACCAGCGCAUCCGGUUCCUGUUCAGGCAGGAGAAGACGCUGAAGGUGCGCAGCAACCACAUCAUCAUGCCCGGGACCAAGGUCCAGGAGCACACCGGGAGCGAGAAGUCCAUGGUCUGGUCCUGUGUCGACUUUGCCAGCGAGGAGCAGCGAAUGGAGCUGUUCUGCAUACGCUUUGCCUCAGCGGAGCGGGCGCAGGAGUUCAAGGCUGCCUAUGAUAAGGCUGCCGAGGACAUGGGGGCCCUGCUUGGGGACGCCCCACAGGCGGAGGAGGGUGCGGAGGAGGCGGAGCCCUCCGAGGCUGACAAGCUGGCCGCCGAGGUUGAGAAGGGAGUGAGCGUGAAGGACGGGGAGCCAACCGUUGAGCCCCCGGAGGAGCCGGCGCAGGGCUGA